AUGGCUUCUCCACAGCAGCUUCGCACCACCACGACUGAUCUGCUCAAGAUCAACCACCCGGUCCUCCUGGCCGGCAUGAACGUCGCCGCCGGCCCCAAGCUCGCCGCCGCUGUUACCAAUGCCGGCGGUCUCGGUGUCAUCGGCGGCGUUGGAUAUACCCCGGACAUGCUGCGGGAGCAGAUUGCGGAGCUCAAGGGCUUCCUGAAGGACAAGAACGCGCCGUUCGGUGUCGACCUGCUGCUGCCGCAGGUCGGAGGCAGCGCGCGCAAGACCAACUACGACUACACCAAGGGUAAGCUCGAUGAGCUCAUCAGUAUCAUCAUCGACAGCGGCGCCAAGCUGUUCGUCUCGGCCAUCGGUGUCCCGCCCAAGCAUGUCGUCGAGCGCCUGCACAAGGCCGGUAUUCUCUACAUGAACAUGAUCGGCCACCCCAAGCAUGUCCAGAAGUGCCUGGACCUCGGCGUCGACCUCAUCUGCGCCCAGGGCGGCGAGGGCGGUGGUCACACGGGCGAUGUGCCGACCACGGUCCUGAUCCCCGCCGUCGCCAAGCUGUGCGAGGGCAAGACGUCCCCCAUGACGGGCGCCCCCGUCCAGGUGAUUGCGGCCGGUGGUAUCUACAACGGACAGACGGUGGCAGCGGCGCUGAUGCUGGGCGCCUCGGCUGUGUGGGUUGGAACGCGCUUCAUUCUUGCCGACGAGGCCGGCGCCCCCAAGGCUCACCAGGAGGCCGUCCGCACCUCCAGCUACGACGACAACGUCCGCACCAUCAUCUUUACCGGCCGUCCCCUCCGCGUGAGGAGAAAUCCUUACAUCGAGAACUGGGAGACCAACCGCCAGGCUGAGAUCAAGGAGCUCACCGCCAAGGGUAUUAUCCCGGUCGAGCACGAUCUUGAGAAGAUGGGUGAUGACAUCGAUGAUGACACCAUGGACAACGCCAGACCUUUCCUCAUGGGCAAGGCCGCUGCCGUGAUUAACGAGAAGAAGAGCGCCAAGGCCAUUGUUGAUGAGCUGGUCGGCGACGCCGUCGCGUGGAUAAACAAGGGAAGUGCUUCUAUUCUCUAUCAUGCAUUCGGAAGGUGGAGGCCGGUCAUGUCGAUGUUUUCAAACCUACCUCCUCCAACCACAAGCCAGCCAUCCACGCCAUCAGACGACAUCCCAUCCCCCACCGAAACGCCCACGAUAACACUACCCCCCUCCCUCGCCAGCGCCACGACCUGCCUCUCCUCCUGGUCCUCCUGGUCGUCCGCCGUCACCGCCUACACGGGGCCCUACUCGUCCGGCACCUACUCGCUCAUCACGCCCGCCGUCACCCUCACGGGGCACCUGUACUACACCACUCCGGCGCCCGCGACGUACAAACCGCCCGAAUGCACCUUCGCCGACCCGGACAUCUGCGCCGCCCUCGCUUCUGGAGUCCAAAUCAUCGGCUCCGCGCCGACCACGGUCGUCUUGCCGGCCACCACGGAUGUGCUGGAAGGAGAUGUGCCGGCCGAGGUGCUGCUGCCGUCGCCGGCGUGCAGCGUGGGGCAGGCGGCGUGCAGCGCGCUGGCGAGCGCGGGGGUCGUGGAUGGGUUUUGGGACGGGUGGGUGGUUGAUUGGCGGGAUUGCGUGAUGGAGCCGCCGGGGAUUGGGCCGGUGGCGUUGACGACGACGGAUUUUUUGGUGGCGCCGCCGACGGAGGUGGUGGUGGGGACGACGAGGACGACGGGGAAGACGACGACUGGUGGUGGUGGGAGGAGUGGUAGUAGUAGUCCGCGUCCUACCAGUACGAAGGCGGAGGGGACGGGUGGGUACCUCGUCUCGGAGACGGAGCUGCUUCCUGGGACGGCUGCAACAGGCAAGCCUGAGGACGGUAAGGGUGGUGGUGUUGUUGCUGCCUCGCAGGUUGUGGCUGCUACCAAUGCCGCUCAAGGCCCUCACACCAUCGACCUCGUCAUCUCCCCCGCCCCGAACAACAACGGCGCCGCCGCUCCGCCGUCAUCGACCCGUCUCACGCUCCCUCCCAUCGCCGUCGCCGCCACGCGAACCGAUCCCAUCCCAGUCGCCACCCUCGCCGGCCAGACGAUCGUGUACGACCCAGCCCAAGCCCCGUCCGCCGUGUACGUCGGCGACUUCCCCAUCCGCGAGGGCGGCCCGGCCGUCAAUGUAGGCGGCACGCCGGUCAGGCUGCUACCGGGCGGACUGCUUCUCGUUGGUGGUGGUGGUGGAGGUAGCAAGUCAGGUUCGCCGACAACAACGAUCACCCUACCCGCAGCGGCUGCGACCACGGACGUCCCCAUCGCCACGAUCGCUGGAGUGCCUGCUUACGCUGACCCUGCGAAACCGGGUGCUGUGGUCGUGGGCGGGAAUGCGCUAGCGCCGGGCGCGAGCGUCGUGCUAGAUGAUGGUAAGACGGUCUGGCUCGGCGGGGCGACGGGGGAUUUGCAGCUAGAGCAGGUGGCGGGGACGAAGGGCGCAGGGGGCGGUGCUGGCGUGACUGAGUGGUUCUGUAACAGCGGCGAGCGGGAGAAAUGGGACAGUAACGACUUCAAGGACAACGACAAGCGGUGA